AUGAGUGCGAGCGAUACUAGCCCUCCCGGUGCUGCAUGGGUCGGGUACGAUAUGGAAGCAAUAUUCUCUCCUUUCUACUGGGGGACUGUCAUUUCCUUAGUCUUGUCGGGAAUCACAUUUCUUCAGGCCUACACCUAUUUCCCUAGCAAGGAUAGGCGCGGUGUUCAGAUUGUCGCCGCGGUCAUGAUCGUACUCGAUAUUGCCUCCACCGUUCUGUGUGCUAAAGGGAUGUAUAUCUACUUCAUCCCUCAUUUUGGUUCAAUGCUGCCGCUCCAAACCCUCACUCCCACCAUCGCCUCUGAAUGCUAUCUCGCCGUGGUCAUUACUUUCCUCUCACAGCUCUACUUUGCCUGGCAAAUCUGGAUGGUGAGCCAGGAUCGUAGUAUGUUCAAGUAUAUUAUGUCGGGGCUAGUUAUUCUCUUCGGUGUCGUUGCUUUUGUUGGAGGGAUAUCAUGCGCUACGUUCAUGAUCAUCGACAAGAUGUACAUUCUUAUGAACCGCAGCGACCGUUUCACUAUUGCCGUUGGCAUAGCUAAGGGUGCUGCCGCGGUGUCAGAUGCGAUUGCUACGGUUGCACUGUGUUACUCCCUUGGGAGUGCACGUACCGGUUUUGAUCGCACAGAUUCCAUGAUCAAAACUUUGAUGGGAUACGUCGUGGAGCGUGGCAUACUGGUAACCCUGAUUCAGACCCUGUUCCUGGUACUCUUCUUUGUCAAGCCUGGGCAUCUUUUCUGGCUUUCGCUGCAUGUUAAUGUCACCCGUCUCUACGCCAAUACCUUUUUCGCCAUGCUUAACGGAAGGGAACGCCUCAAACGCAUAGGCAAUCGGUCUCAAAGCACAUACGUGAUGUCAAUGGGUACAGACAAGGACCACGCGUGUGUUGUCAAGCAAACUGGAGGCGAAAGCGGAAUGUCAUUCAACACGGUGGGCGCCGAGACUAGUUUGGGUUCCGUGCAGAUUGAAAAGAGUACGGUCGUUGCAAGCUUCUGA